UUUUUUCUUUAGAAAAAUGGAUAGAAUAGCGAUAGAUCAUGCACCAGGGCAAUUUAAUCUUUACCAGUUUCCUGACAAAUUUGUUGUUGAGCCAGUGCUUGGUGAAGGAUCAUUAGAGAUUGAUCGAUAUUCAAAUGACGUCAAUUUGAAAAUAACAAGUAGACAACAGCCACUUCAAUCUAGUCAUCAAGCAAUUAAAGUUGAGCGUAUUAAUGGACUUGUUGGAAUUGUUGAAUUAGUUUCUGGCCCAUAUUUAAUUUUUAUAAAGUCGGCAACAAGUAUUGGUAUGUUUAAUGAUGCUGAGAUUUUCAAAGUUGUCGAAGCGGAAUUGGUUCCAUUCAAAUCUUCGAAUUUGCAUCUUUCUGAAAGGGAGAGAAGAAUUAAUCAAAAUUUUGUUGAAAUGUUAAAAAAUGUUCUUUCUACCGAAAAUUUUUAUUAUUCAAUUGGAAUGGACAUUUCACGUUCAUUUCAAUGGUUAAGUGAAAAUGCUUCUCCAGAAUUACAUUCAUUACCUUUACUUCAAAAAGUUGAUAAGAAAUUUGUUUGGAAUGCAAAAUUGAGUGAAAAAUUUGAUACUGUUGAGUUCUCCAAGUUUAUUCAACCUCUAAUUCACGGAUUUGUUGGAAUACGUCGUUGUCGUGUAAACAAUUUAUCAUUUAAUUUGGCAUUAAUUUCUAGGAGAUCAGUUUACAGGCCCGGAGUUCGUUUUCACACUCGUGGUGCUGAUUCAGAAGGAAAUUGUGCAAAUUUUGUGGAAACUGAACAAUUAGUAGAAUUUGAUGUUGGAGGGAAGUCUUCUAAUUCUUCUACUAAUAAUAAAAAAGUGGUUACUUCUAGACAUAUUGCUUCCUUUAUUCAAAUUCGAGGUUCAAUUCCACUUUAUUGGACUCAAAAACCAAAUCUUAAAUGGCAACCGACACCAAGUUUGAAAUCUAGCGCUGAUGAACAAUUUAAUUGUUUUAAACAACAUUUGAAUAAUUUAUUGGAUUGUUAUGGAAGAGAUGCUUUGACUGGAAAUCCUAGAAAAAUUGUAAAAAUUUUUAUUUUCUGUAAGACUUUUUUUCAUGUUGGCAACAGGGAUGUCACGGGUUGA